UUCAAGGAGUCUCUCGUUGCUCCGGGCUUCUUCUCUCUGCUCUGGUCCCAUUUUUGUCCCUACCCUUGUCCCUGCUCCUCAGUUUCUCUCCCUGUCUCUAGCAACAACCAUUUCCAGCCAUGGCAAUGCUGACAGCACCCCCAGCACUCACCAUCCCACCCAAAACCUUCUGCUUCCAGCCCCGCUGCCUUGCCAUGGAUCGGCAUCGCCUCAGCGCUGUGGAUGUGGAGCGAGUGGCACGGGAGGGGGAUGUGGCCGUGCUGCAGGAGCACAUCUCCAACAUCACCUUCUGUAACAUGGAUGCAGAGCGGUGUCCCCACUGCAGGCAGCCGGCCGACCCUGUGCUGCUGACGGUGCUGAGGUUGGCCCAGCUGAGCAUUGAGUACCUGCUGCACUGCCAGCAGCACCUGGCUGACAGCUUGGCUGUGCAUGCCCAGCACCUGCAGGAUGCCCGUGCACAGCUGGCUCAUGCCCAGGGCCUGGCAUCGGAGCAGGCAACGAGGCUCCGGGGUGAGAAGGAAGAGAGCAGGAGGUGGAAGAAGCUGGUGGCCACCCAGCUCCUCCUGCAAGCCAGACCCAGUGGCUACUGCAAGGGUGCUGCUGGAGUGGGCAGAUCUCACCCUCGCUGCUCACAGUGGCUCUGCUCCCCAGGCUUUGCAGAGACCAAGAAGGUGGAGCGUAUGGAGGAGGAGGUUGAGGAGCUGAAGGCGAAACUGCGUGAGAUGCAACAGCAGCUGGCAGCAGGGAGGGAGGCAGAGAAGCUGCGCAGGGAGCAGGAAGAGAAGAGAGCUCAUCAGCGGGAAGCGGAGGAAAGGAGAGAUUUUGAAAGAUGGAAAGAGGAAGAGAGGAUGAAGCUGCACAUGGAGAUGGAUGGCCUGAGGCAGCACUUCCUCACUGAGCUGCAGGAUGCUGCCAGCAGGAGCAGUGCUAUGGAAGGGAAGCUGCAGGAGCUACAGGCCAAAGCAGCAGUGGUGUCUAACCUGGGGACCCUGCAGGAUGAUGACUCUGACCUGGAAAUGACAGCAGUGCAGGUGAGCAUGCAUCCUUGCCCCUCCCAUCCAUCACCUCUAUGUGCAUCUGCUUUGAGCACGUCUCGUGUCAGCUUGGGUAGAAGUAAGCCCAGAAAUGGGACCAGGAAGGUGCCAGGGCAUGCCAUGGUCCCAAAUCAUGCAUCCUCACUGGAGCUCAGUGGCAGUUCACUGCAUGGAAAAGCAUUUAAAGCACCAAAUAAACAUUUUGCCAUGCAUCAGCUGCCUUCUUGCCCCGUAAAAAAAGGCUUUGACAUGGCAACAUCUCUGAGUGUUGAGUGGGUUGGGAAAGGCACUGCCUUUAAAAUGGCAGAUGUCCUUCAGGACCAAGGAAAAGCUGAAUUUCUCCAAGCACAAGGGCAAUCAGGUGCCCAUGCCUGUAAGAACUGCCCACUGACUGUAUUCUUCAGUGCCACAUCUCCAUGGUUCUGGAACACCUGCAGGGAUGGUGACUCCCCAUCUCCUUGGGCAGCUGUGCCAACACCUUGGCACCUCGCUCAGAAAAGGCCUGGGCAUUUCUCUUGUGAUCUCUCUUCUUCUUUACAGACCAAGCUGCUGUCUGCAAAUAAGCCCAAAGUGACCCAGCAGGUGACCAGAGCAGUGGUUUCUGAAGAAUCCUCAGAAGGAGACACAGCAGAUGAUGCUCAGAGAGGGAAGAAAUGGCUGCUGGAAGCUCUGUGGAGAAAACCAAACCUCCUGAAGAAGUUUCGGCGCAUCCUGGAGGAAACUUUGGAAGAAAGGCUGGAGAGCAUGGGGAUCAGCAGGGCUGCAAAGGGGAUCUCCAGCCAGACCUACCAACACCUCCAGGCUGUGCUCAGGCUUCAGCAGCUGCAGAAGGCUAAGAACAGUCCUGGUCUCCUCCACCUAAGGGAUGAGCUGAUCCAAAUGGUGAUGAAGAGAGUCAGGCAACUCAAGAAGCCCAGCAUUCCGUUGCCUCGACAACUCUCCAUAAUCCCAGGGACAGCUGUGUCCAUAAAAGGGAAGCCCUUGGAGAGACGUCUGGAUGUGAAAACACAGAGACCAGCCAGUGGAAAUCCCAUCCCUGAGCUCAACAUCCCCCAGAGCCAGCCAGCCAACCCACCAAUAAACUCCAGGUAUCUCACGUGAAUGGCCAUAGGGUUGUUCUUGGACAUAAUUUCCAUACAGCUUCUUCAUACCCAUUAGCAGUACCACAAAGUAGUCCAUGUGCAAGGAGUUCAGAAUUACAGCAAUGGAAAUUUGGCCAUUGGCUCCUCUCCCAGUUCUUAUUACAAUGAGGAUGAAGUUCUGGGCCUUCACCAGACAAAGUGGGAAAAAAAAGCAGCACGAGAUUUACAAGCCAUGGAAAUAGAGAAAAGAUCUUCUGUGGGGCAUCCUGGUUUUGCCAUCAAGCAUGAGUUGAGCAUCCAGCCCUGCUGCUCUCCUUCACCCUCCCUGUGCCCAUCAUACAGGUCCCUGCAGUGACCCAGAGGCCUUCCUGGAGGACCUGACUACCAGUGCCAGUGGCUGGUGACACACAAGGGACCAACACUUGGUUACCAUUCAGCCAAGCACCGUGCAAAGGAACACUUGGUGCUAACGAGGAAAUGGGAGUCCUCUGCCAGCAGCCACUGGAUGGUGCCACAAGACCACAAACGAACUGCAAACAGCAUCCUACGGUUCCAGGAGCCUUCAGAGCCCCACCUGCAGUCCCUCCUCCCCUUCUUGAAUCAGUGGGAACCAUGAACCAAUGGAUGACAAUUUGCACAUAGAUAACACUGAGCAAGACUGGAGAAAUGAAGAGAGUUCCCCAGAUUUUGUACUCUUCUAGCAUUCUUGUUUUUUCACUGUUCGAAAAAUACACUUUCUCAGCUGC